CCCGCAGCGAAGAAGAAGAAACCACUAGGACAGUGGAGGGUGGAGGAAAAAAAAAAGCGGAGCAACUACUCCUGUUUACAACCACAUAAUGGAGUCCAAAUGGCCAAAUACGAUUCGCAGGCGUAUAUUAUUUACUGGAUUUACGCUUUGUGUUGUUUUGGUCACAAGACCCACGUCUGCGAUCGAGAUACACGCUGAUCCUGAGGUGAUAGUACAGAACGGUACCACGGGGAUUCUUCGAUGCACCUUUAAGUCCAGCGAAGUGGUCAGCUCGGUCACCACGGUGACCUGGUACUUUCAGUCGAGUCAUCCCGACAGUCAGUUCUACAAAUCUCCAUACGUGAUUUUCUACUUUACAAGUGGGAGAGGAUUCCCAGGGCCAGAGGAGUUCAAAGACCGCGUGCAGUUUAUCGGGGACAUCAACAAGAGGGACGUCUCGAUACAGCUGAGCCCGACUUAUUUCAGCGACAACGGCACGUUUUUCUGUGACGUGAAGAACCCCCCAGAUGUGAAGGGGACGCAGGCUCGAACCGAGCUCAGGGUCGUGCUGAAAGAGUCGUAUUCGCAGAACAACACUACGUUUAUAGUUGCAGGAGUUUGUGGUGCUUUAUUGGUGCUUGUGCUCAUUGCUGUGGCGGCCUGCAUUGUCAUGAGGGUGCUUCACAACCGCCAUGAUUACGAAGGCUGUACGUCCUUGGAAAGCGUGAACUCUCAGGCUCCGCAGCCUCGAAAGAAGGUGGAGUCCAGAGUGGAGGGCUCCAGAUCUACCAGUCCCUCGGGUCCGCUACAGGGCCCGGUGAUAUACGCCCAGUUGGAUCACUCAGGCAGCAAAAACUCCUUCCAUAAGAUGGAGCCCGUGGUCUAUGCUGACAUUCGUAAAAACUGAAGAGGAACCGGGGACCAAAUAAAGAAAAAAAAGUAAACAAAAAUCCAGUAAAAUAUGAGACCUCUCUAUCAGCUGCUCUUGGGAAGGGUGGGGAUAUCUCAACAGGGACACAAGUGGUGCAGUCUCUCUCUCUCUCUCUCUAUUUCUCUCUCUCUCUUUAAAAUUUUGUCCUCUGAAAGCAUGAUGAUAUUAUAUGAUAAAGUAAUGUCUCCAUGUGCUUUGUUGUAAAAACAAAAGAAAAAAAAAAAGCUAUGAAAACACUCCAAGUCGAUGUUCCACCACUCCGUUACAUCAAAACUAUUCUCCAAAAAAAAAACAGGGGCACACAUAAAAACGAGAAAGCUUUCGGUUAUCAUUCCAAAUAUUAUUUGUUUGUUUUUGUUUUUGUUCUUGUAGCUUUGUGCCCCCCGUGCCACAUUAAAGGUUUAGCAGGCUGUUGCACCAACUCAACAGUCCUACUUAGGAUGCUCACACCUGAACCGAGUGAGCCCCGUUUAAUAAAACGAAGCAAAACAAAAAACCAUUGGUGCGUUAAACUGUUUCUUCCAGAGAGAAGACGACGUUAUAAAGCAGAUAUUUGAACGAUACUCUCACUGUUUGUCUUACAUCGCCUUCUCAUUCAUUGAUCACUUCUGCCGAAACUUUGGUGCUUUUUAUUGGCCGGUGAGACUGGUCAGAAACUGUACAAACAGCAACAUCAGUAAAGAUCAAAGAAAUCCUACCAACGUCAAAACCUCAAGUUACAUCUUUUUGUUAGAAACGGCGGACUGUAGUCGUCACAAAGCACCUGUGCUCUCGUCUUAACCAAACUGUGCCGCAUUUAGGUCAAUGUAAAGAGAUGUAGUGUGGUCCAAAUGUGUGCUCACAGUGUUAAAAGUCCCAUUAAUGAGCUGGGCAGACGCUCCACCGUUUUGUCCUCCUUUGUUUACGGGCUUCUGAUCUGACUGUGGGCAUCUCUGUCAUCCUGAAAACCCGAUUGGUUCAUCAACAGGUCAGAGUUCAGACUGCGCAAGUUUUUCCUGUUCUGAUGGGUCACUGUGUCACAUUACAUGAUUAUAGAGUCAUAAAAUCUUUCUACACCUGAGACGAUGAUGGCACUGAGAAGGAGGUGCUAGUAAUUUCCAGGAAAAAAAAAAAAAAAUGUAAACACGUGGAGUCAACUGAAGUGGUGUGUAUGACACACUAUGACUCACUCCAUCAGAUAAAAUUUGUAACUUCUGUUCACAGAGAACAGCUUGUGCAGUGCUUUUGGGCAAAUUUCAUACUUUUUUUUAACUCCCAUCUAAACGAGGAAAGAACCCCUGCAUUCAUUUCAGUGAUCACUGGAAUAUAAAAUUUUUUUUAUAGAAUUAAAGCACAAAAAAAGAAAAAUUGCUUCUUUACAAAAUGUGAAACUUCAAGCUGCUCAGUCCUGAGAGCUGACACAAUGACCAUCCUACGAGAACAAUAAAGAAAGUACAUGUUCAAAAGGGAAAAAGGUACAUUUACCAAUAUUGUUUCUAUGAUAAAGAGUAAAUAUGUCUGUAGUUUUUGUCGGUUAUGCCACACUGCAUGAGAUAAAAUGACCAAAGUUUGUGCACUGUGUCAUCUCCGAUUAGAAAGUAAUCAGGGGAAAUAUGUGUUGUCUGAACUCAACCUUAGUCAAAUUAAAAAGGAAAAACACUAUUUUGAGUAAAUGGAUUAAAUCUUUAACAGCAGGAGAAUAACUUCUGACUGAAACGGUAACAUUUUUUUCUCCCGGUGGAAGUUUAGACGUCCUGUACCGUGAGUGAGCGGUGACCCUUAAAGCGGGCUCGACCUGUACUGUAACUUCUGUCUGUCUGCCUUCAUAUCUCAUCACCUUCGCUAACAGCUGGUGCAACAGUCUGCCGAAGCCACGGCUCUCCAUCGUCGGGCACUUCCAUAGUGAUGUUGUUCUGUAGAGGCGUGUGAUGUAGAUUUCUUUUGGUUUUGUUUUGUUGUUUGUUUGUUUGUUUGUUUUUACACCGCCUUCGGUAACUUUGCAUGCAGAUAUAAUGACAUCUAAAGAAUAACUUUGGUACUGCUCGGCUGGUUUAUUUAAUUUUUAAGAGCAGAAGCAGCUGUCUGACAUUGGUGUUACUGUGAAUGCUUCAAUUCUCUGUUAACUCCCAGCAUGUCGUUGUGGUACCGGUAAAGACGCCGCGUUUAGAUUUUCACCUCAGUGGAACAUUCCGUACGUUUGAGUUUCAGUUGUUGUCACUUUUUUAUUUUUCUUUGUCCCAGUUGUUUACAUAUAAACAUACGGACAAUGCAACCCAGGUAGAUUUAUGUGAUUCCUUUGUUUUUAUUAAAGAGCCAUGGGCAGUUUUGUUAUUUCUUUAUGUUGAAAUAUGCAUGUUAGGUUCAAUUGAGGUGAAAGAUCUCCUUCCUAUGAAAACUGGGAGAUGUUAUUUUGUGGAACAAUACACACAUUUGCAUGCAAUUUACUAACAUAACACGCAUUAUUAUGAGAAUAUCCGUCCUCUUUUUCUUAUUUAUGCAUAAUAUAAAGCUCUUUGUUUGUCAAUCUAAUGGGCCAAAUAUCUAAUACCAACACUUUCCGAUUUCAGAUGCUUUAAAUACAUUCCAAAACUUUUGUUUUCUUCCAAAAAGCCAAAUUCAUUUUCUAAUUUCUUUGGUUUUUGUUAACGCGAAUAUUUGUGUUGCUGUCUUGAUUCCUUAAGCUUCGUCUUGUGAUUCCAAAUGCAGUAAAACUCCAUGCUGACCAGUGUUUGUAUAUAUUUCUUGCUCCUCAUGUAAGAUAUAGUGCUGUUAUACUGUAACUCAUUCCAGUGUGGUAUGGCUGUGGAUGUCUUUCCUGAGAAUGGAAGCGGUUUGCUCAAGAAAGUUGGUGGCAUGCUUUGUUUUUCUUAAGUCUUAAUUAUUUGUCACCAGACAGUCUGACAUGUGCACAGAGCUCUUGCAAGAAGUGUCACAACACCCGCCGUCUUAAAGUUUCUUCAUGCUUAAGUUUCUUCAGCCAACAUUCUGAGCAGAACACACUAAUAAAUGUGACCUGAUUAAAAAAGCCUUUAAGUCCAUGUUUGUUGAACAUGGUGCAGAGGUAUCCUGCAGAAUAAUUUGGGUAGACUUGAAGUUUGCUCUUAAAGCCUAAAUCCUUCAAGCCUCCUUUAGAUGCUGAGAUCCAGAGGAGUUAUUCAACUACGGUAAAGCGGUAAAGGCUGUAAAGCUCAUCAAACCCCUGAGUCUAAAUGUGUGAGUAGAACCCAACUUUAUUGACCUGCCAGGGCCAGUAAAUAAAGUUCAUUUAUUGGAAAUGGAGAGGAAAUGUUUCCUGUCAGUGUAACCGUCGUUUAAUCAGGUUAAAGGCGGCGCUUUAAUGUAGAAAAUAAGCGGCUCUGCAGAAACAUGGACCUGCAAGGAAGGCUGCCGGCACUGACUAUGAUUGAUCACACUCAGUCACAUAGAGACCUGACUUGUAAAAAUUUAUAUUCCCCAACUGGUUGGAGGUGCUGCACCACAGCUGAUUGCUUUGGUUGCUAUCAGAUUGCAUGGAAGACACCAACUUGCCUGUAACGCUAAGUAUUAGUGCAACUAGUGUUUGUCUUCAAAGUAAAAGUUGUGCCUUACUUUUGAAACCAGCUCAUUUGAAAAGUAAGGCACAACUUUUACUUUGAAGGUGAGCCUUCUCCGUUUCCAGUUUCCGUUGCGCUCGUCAGCCUCUGCACCACUUGGCGCGUACUUGUCGAGCAUGUGUAGACAGUUUGGAGUUUUCUGUGCAGGCUACCGUUGACCACAGCAACCUGUGAGGUUUUUGGUGCAGCACCGUGUGGCUUUCUGCCACCACCCACAGCCAAUGAACAGCCAGUUGGAGAUUACCUAUUUUUCCCUGUUGACCAGUGAUUACCAGGGGUCACCUCAGGUAACCCCCUGAGGUGAUAGCAACAUUUGAAUGUGAUAAAUAAUUUUAAAAGGCUGUUGAAAAUGUACACGCUGUAAUUGUGUGGACUGGAUUUAACUUCAUCUGUUAGAUUUGUGUCUAAUUGUGAAUGUUUUCUUUGACUUUUAAAACUAGUGAAGUAGUCUGGUUAGUUACCGAGGAAACCCCCGGGUAAAAACAGCCCGGCUCAGGCCGUCAACCAAGCCUGUGUUUUCAGGACAGAUUUGACAACUGUGGUGAAAGAGGAUUUCCACAAGGAAGGAAGUGUUUGUUAGACCUCUUCAGAUGUUUCCGUGUCUGCGCUGACACAUUAAAGGGAAAUUACUCACACGUUUUGUAAUUUUAUCCCAAAUUUGUGAAAUCCUCUGACACAGCAGUAAAACUUAAUGAGUCAUAAAGAAAUCCAGAAGAAAUCCAGGCUUUGCCCGCUUUGACCCGACUGUGGUUGUGACAUCACAGCCCGCAAGCACCGCGAUGUCUUCCAUCUUUUCCUUUCUGUUUCUUCUUUUUGUUUUUGGGUUGUUUUUUAAAAACAGUCUUGUUUGCAGCAUGCAUUUCAAACCAAAACGAAACAUCCGUGUACAGACCGUCAGCUGCUGGUCGCUUUGCUCCUAGUUGUGACUCGUUGCAGUGUUUAGUGCCGUUGUAGAAAUCGUGAUGUAAACUAUAAAUUAUGAAAGAUUUCCGAUGUGACGGAGCUCGCGCGGUGGCGGCGUUUGGUGUUCUGAUUGGACGCAGGUCUUAAAGUGCGUGCUCGGUGUUUAUCGAUGGUAAAUAGUUGUGUGUUAUUUGAGAAUCGUUUGGUAUGUUAUGUUGUAAAAUCUGCACUAUGUCUGGCAUAACAAAGACAACAAAAUGCCAUGUGAUUAUUAUUAUUAUUGUUAUUUUCAUUCGUCUCUGAAUGACUUUGGCCUCUGUUUGUUUACCGUCUUUAAAACUGGAAUGUUGUACAUUUAGUGCCUUUUACAUUUCAUCAGCUAACUUGAACAUCUGCUCAAAAUAGAAAUAAGAUUCAUUUAUUUUCCUUUUAUUGUAUGUAUUUUUUUAUACACAUAAUAUCGCCUCUGUAUCCACUGUUCAAAUUUUAUAUAAAACUUAUUCCUGGCCAACUA